AUGGCCAUCAACAAUGAUGUCCUCCCCUCCUCCUCCUUCUCCUCCUCUUUCUUUAUAUUCGCCUCCUCAUCAGCUUUCACAGCUCUGGUUCUCCUCCUCCUCCUCCUUUUUCUUUAUAAUAAUAAAGUUGUCAAGCCCAGGAGACGCGACGUUAAGUCUCGUUUGAAGCUUCCUCCUGGAAGCUAUGGAUGGCCGAUAGUGGGCGAAACGGCGGAAUUCUUCCGGAGGUGCAUGGAAGGAGCGCCGGAGACAUUCAUCAAUGACAGGGUCGAAAGAUACCAGUGUGAUCGUGUAUUCAAGACUUCGCUUUUCGGAGAGCGUGUGGCCAUACUCUGCGGAGCCUCCGGCAACAAGUUCCUGUUUAGCAAUGAGAAUAAGCUGGUCCACGUCUGGUGGCCGGCCUCCGUGAGAAGGUUGCUCGGGCCUUGUCUGGCAACCAGCGUAGGGGAUGAAGCAAAGAUGAUGAGAAAGAUGCUGUCAUAUUUCGUUAAUCCUGAUGCAUUCAUGCGUCUUUACUCUAACACCAUUGAUUCCGUCACGCGCCAACAUAUCACCACUCAUUGGCAAGGCAAAGAGGAGGUUACUGUGUUUCCGGCCGCCAAGUUGUACCUGUUCGAACUUGCUUGUCGCCUAUUUUUGAGCCUCGAAGAACCCCAGCGUAUUGCAAAAUUGGCUGCCGACUUCAAUAUUUUCCUCAAGGGGCUCGUAUCCAACCCCAUCAAAUUCCCGGGGACUAGAUUCUACAAGGCCCUCAGAGCAACAGCUGCUAUCAAGAAACAACUUGUAACCCUAGUUAGACAGAGGAAGGUAGCCUUGCAAAUGGGUAGAGCUUCGCCUUCCCAGGAUCUUCUGUCGCACUUGCUGGUCACUCCCAACCAGAAUGGGGCGUUCAUGAGUGAAGCCAUGAUAGUAAACAACAUAUUGAUGCUACUCUUCGCGGGCCACGAUACUUCCGCAGCUGCAAUAACAUCCCUCGUCAAGGCUCUGGGAGAACAUCCUCAAGUGUACCACAAAGUAUUUCAAGAGCAAAGUGAGAUUGCAUCAUCAAAAGUGGGAGCAGCUGGAGAUGAUGAGUUGCUUCAAUGGGAGGAUAUACAGAAGAUGAAGUACUCGUGGAACGUGGUUUCUGAAGUGAUGAGAUUGACACCUUCUGGGAUCGGGAUUUUUCGAGAAGCCCUGACAGACCUCAAGUACGAAGGUUAUGACAUCCCCAAAGGAUGGAAGUUGUAUUGGAGUGCUUCUUUCACGCAUAGGGAUGCAAAUUUGUUCCCAGAGCCCACAAAAUUCGAUCCAUCGAGAUUUGACGAGGGAGGAGACCAUACUUUGAUCCCAUUUUCUUACGUAUCUUUUGGAGGAGGGCCUCGGAUGUGCAUCGGGAAAGAGUUCGCAAAGAUUGUCAUACUCACAUUUUUGCACCACUUGGUUAACAGGUUCAGGUGGGAUCUGGUUAUUCCUGAUGAGAAAGUGGAAUAUGAUCCCACUCCUAUCCCUGUCAAAGGACUUCCAGUUUGCGUUUUUCCUCACAUCCCCAGUGCCCCAUAAUUCCAUUGCUCUGCACUGCAGCUAUUAGUCCAGCAGCUAGACGAGGAGCUAUUAGUCCAGCAUCAUUUCGUAUUAGUUUGGCGUUCGUAAUUCCACAGUAAAAGCCACACUUUUUCUUUGAGUAAUCUUCUGUACUGCUGUCAAUAAUUGUCAUCUAGAAUAAAAAUUCUCACGCUGCUGGCUCUUAAA